CUGUUUAUUUUGUCAACUUCCGAGGUGGGAGGAAGUUCGUCUGAUGUUCUAUGGUGUCUCUUCAUCCUCGGUGUACAUCUCGAUCAGACACUGUCCCAUCUGCGCUAAGUGCCUGCGCUCUUCAGCAUGAACCGAAAAAGAAACCACUGCUAUCUGGAAACAGGGCCGUCCUCGGAGUCCCAGGCCGCGUUUCUGGACAACACAAGGUCCUUCAGCCGAGACGAGGAGGAUUUCUCCGAGCUCGAGCCCGACGAGCAGCUGGUGUGCUCGGUGACCGAGAUCACUGAGCACCUGGGCAGGAACAUCACGGUGGUGCUGGAGUCCGCGCUGUCCGAGAUACGCAAGCUGGUCAGCGUCCGGAUCAGAGUCCUGAAGAUGGAGCUCCGCGAAAAAACCGACGAGAUCGAGCUGCUGAAAGCCAAGCUGGAGUCGACGGAGAAAGAUGGGAGGGUUUCUAACUCCAGCAGCCUGGACUUCAGGAAAGCAGAGCAUCAGACGGGCCAGAAAUACAACGCCGACCCGAAGAAAGCCAAACCCGGGACGCCCGUGGUUAAGAAGGAGAACAUCGACGCGAUCUGCGAUUAUCUGAUGAAGGAUAAGAACCAGAGGGGUGCUGCUGAAGUGGAGAGCGACCAUAGCAAUCAGGCCUUUGGGUCCGAGCGGGACAUGCGGACCGAACCGCAGCCGCACGCCUCUCUGAGCCUGUGGACGGACAGCGGUCCCCCGGACACCGACGCGGACUCGGACAUUUUCAGCAUGCUGCCAUCCGCCAGCAAGCGUUUAUAUGACUACGAGUGGAUGACAGGGGUCGAACUCAACUCAGCUGAGUUUAAAGGUGAUACUGAAACAACAUGUGAAGAUUUUCCCACUGUGGAUGAGGAGGAUGACACUGAAGACUCUGAAGGAGGGAGAGGAAGUUUGAGGUCAGUGUCUGACCAUUUUCCUCUGGACACUCAGGGCUCCCCGCGGGAGGACAGGAGCAGCCCAGCGGAGGACAGUGCUGAGCCAGGUCAGCAGUUCUCCUCUCACAGCUUCAUCUGCCCCUUCUGUGGAACCCUUUGCCCUGACUCUUCUUUCCUGGAGGAGCACAUGAAGCUCAUGCAUCAUGACGAGAGCACUCUUCAGUCGGCCCCAGGUGCUUCUUCCUCUCAUGCGGAGGGCGACUCGGGCCGAGCUCUGGGAGCCCCAGAAAGACCUGUUGGCCGGGGCGCACGGGAGAAGAAAGUGGAGGGUGGUUAUGAGUGCGGCGACUGCGGCCGUCAUUUCAACUAUCUUGGAAACCUGCGGCAGCACCAGCGCAUCCACACCGGCGAGAAGCCUUUCGUUUGCACUGAGUGCGGAGAGCGUUUCCGGCAUGCCGCGCGUCUCAAGAGCCACCGUCUCAGCCACAGCGGAGCCCAGAGCCCCUUCCCCUGCCCCCAGUGUGGUAAGGGCUUCCCAGUACUGUCCGGACUGAAACGCCACCAGCGCGUGCAUACGGGAGAGAGUCCAUACGCUUGUCCUCAAUGCGGCCGCAGAUUUAAAGAGCUGGGGAACUUAUACACACACAUGCGCAUUCACAGUGGCGCUACGCCCUAUUCUUGCUACCAGUGUGGGCGGAGCUUCAGGCAUCUGGGCACAUAUAAGAGUCAUCGCUGUAUGCCGGCUACACAGUUAGCCAGUGGACACAGUCCAGCAUGGGUGCAGGAAGACAAGGUGCAAACCGGGUAACAGCCUGGGAACAGAUCUGUUCAAAAAGUGGUUGCUUUCUCGACUGCUGGUUCAGGAUCAGUUUCAAGUCUGAGAAAAAAGCUCGGCUGGGGAAAGAUGUGAGAAAGGCCAUUAAGAUCAGGUUUCAUCAUAAACAUGAGGCUGUAUGAAUUAGCGCAUCUUGUUUAUUCAAGUUGGUUCAUGGCAUCUUUAAUGGUAAACUGCUGCUCGUUAAAUGUUUGUUUUUUAAACAUUUUGCAAUAAUUUCUUCCAGCGUCAAACAUUAAAAGGUGUUUGAAUGUCCAUA